CUCCCGCCGAGGAACUGCCUCCUCAGGGCGCAGCGGCUUUGCCACCAGAGCCGGACGACGCAGCGUCAGAGGCGGCAUCGGGCUCCGAGGAGCGCGGCGACGAGAUUGGUUCCGAGCUCGGCGUCGAACAGGAUGAGCUUGAGAGUGCCAAGCGUGAGCUUGAGGAGGAAGAGGCUCCACCGCAGGGCGUGGUAGCCAAGGUAGGGGAGUUCGCGGAUGUGCAUGGCAUCGGGGAUCGCAUCGUGCGUUGCAACCGCUGCUGUCGCACGGCAAAGGAGUGCAACUACAGGAUCAGAGCGAAGGGUCAGUCGACUUACCAGUGCGACGCGCGCAACACGAACGGGGUGCGCCUUUCUCGGAGGUUCGGACAGUGGCCGCCAAAGUGUUUCGCUAAAAUGAAGAGUGAGUUCAAUCAGCAGUUCCACAAGGAUCUGGCAGAAGAUCCUGGGCUGUCGAACCUCGAUCGCAUUGAAGCCUUCGUGGUCAGCUCAAGCAGUGUCCAACGGAUGGAGGAGGAGCGCGUCCGCAAAGGUGGCAAGUACUUUCCGCUGAGGAAGUGGGCGCACGACGGCUUCGACGCGAAAAAGAUCGAAGAUAAUGUGCAGGAUAAGAGGUGGAACCCUGAUCUCGGGGAGUGGACGCACAGGCCGCGAUUGGAGGCGGCCUGGAGCGAGACAGCGGAGGCCGCAGUGCGCAAGAGGACGCAGGCGAAGCAGAGCGGCCCGCGGGCAGCGGCCUCGACGGGCGUCGCAGAGCACGGCGGCGACAAGGGCGACAGAAGCGACGAGAGCGACAU